CAAAGGAGGAGAGAGAAAGAAAGAGAGGGGAGCGGCUGCGGCCAAGUGAGAAGAAACAAUAACCAGCCUCGUUGAAUUUAUUGGGGAAAAAUAUCGGGUGAGGACAAAGAAGGGACCAUGGACGGAGCAGGAAAAUGUCCGUUUAACAUAGAAGCGGAGAGGAGAUUCUGGUCGUCCUACACAUAGUCGAGGUAGAACCGACGGCUCUCCCUGAUUUUUGAUGCCGUGGCAGGAGCAAGCACACGCCAAGCUCGAAAGGCGGAAAACAGUUUUUAAUCCGUCUGCAGAUGCUGUGCCAGCUUGAGAUGGCUGUUGCGGGGCGAUGCAGAAGCAUAAAUGAUAGCGUAAUUCUUUGCUUUUAUUUAGUCGUCGUUUUUGUACUGAGUGGCCUUACAAAUGCACAAAUUCGCUAUAGCAUUCCUGAGGAGCUGGAGUCCGGGGCUGUCGUCGGAGAUCUCGUUCGAGAUUUGGGAUUGGAUCUUGGAAAGCUUGCGACUCGUCGGAUCAGAAUAAAUUCGGACAACGCGCGGCGAUACUUCAACCUUAACCACAAAACCGGUAAGCUGACUGUCAGUGAUCGGAUCGACCGCGAGACCCUCUGUGAGUUCAGCGGCAGCUGCCUUCUUAGCCUCGAAGUGGUCUUAGAAAAUCCAUCCGAGACGCACAACGUGGAGGUCGAAAUUUUGGAUGCAAAUGACAAUGCGCCGCUUUUCCCCAGAGACGAGUAUCAGUUGGAGAUCUCGGAGGCGGCUCAGCCUGGCGCAAAGUUUCCCAUCGAAGGCGCACAGGACGCUGACGACGCCUCAAAUUCCGUUCGCCAUUAUCGCCUGUCUCCAAACGAGCACCUUGCGCUGGAAUCAAACAAACCACCUGCCAGUGGAAAGCACAUCGAACUCAUUCUGAAAAAACCGUUUGACAGGGAGAUGGUACCGUCUCAUCAGCUCCUUCUCACUGCUACUGACGGAGGCUCGCCCCCGCGCUCGGGCACCGCGAAAAUCAACGUGCGCGUUCUGGACACCAAUGACAACGUGCCAAAGUUCGACAGCUCUGUGUACAAAGUAAAAUUGCGGGAGAAUUCGCCCCUUGGUGCUCUGGUGAUUAAACUGAAUGCUACAGACCGGGAUGAAGGCACAAAUGGAGAAGUUUUUUAUUCUUUUAGUUCAUACACACCUGAAAGGGUUCGACAGAUGUUCAGCAUGGAUUCAGACACUGGAGAGAUUCGCGUCAGGAAUAACGUCGACUAUGAGGAGACCAACAACUAUGAAAUGUACAUUCAGGCUAUGGAUAGGGGGCAUGGAGCAGUAGCAGUGCACUGCAAAGUGGUUGUGGAGGUGCUGGAUUUAAAUGAUAACCCACCUGAGAUUGUGCUCUCUACUCUAUCCAGUCCAGUGAGGGAGGAUGCUCGAGCAGACACUGGGGUGGCCCUGAUUAGUGUUAAUGACCGUGACUCUGGACAAAACAAACAUGUCACCCUAGACAUUAUUCCUCCUGACCUCCCUUUUAAAAUAAAAUCUUUUCGAAACCAUUACACCAUUGUCACAGCUGCCUUCCUGGAUAGAGAGGCUGUAUCAUCAUACAAUGUCACAAUAACAGCAGUUGAUGGCGGGACCCCACCACUCUCCUCUUCAAUGACUGUUCGUGUCGAUGUGGCAGACGUUAACGACAACCCGCCUCGUUUUGAGCAGACAUCAUACACUGUGUAUGUCACUGAGAACAAUGCUCCAAGUGCUCCUUUGUGUGUGGUGAAGGCUACAGAUCCUGAUGCAAAUGAGAAUGCACGUAUCACAUACACCGUCCUCAAUGACAACAAUCAUGGGAUCUCUGUGGGGUCAUACGUGUCCGUCAAACCUGCCACAGGUGAGGUGUAUGCCUUGCGCUCUUUUGACUUUGAGAAGCUGCGGGAGUUUCAUUUCCAGGUCAAAGCUCAGGACAAUGGUGUGCCACCUCUGAGCCGAGUGGCAACAGUUUAUGUUUAUGUCAUGGACUCCAAUGACCACACGCCAUGGUUUGUCCACCCAGCAGCAAAUGUUUCUCACAUGGCUGAAACUAUCCUCCGGAAUGCAGAGGCAGGUGUGCUGGUGACUCGUGUGUUGGCAUGGGAUGGUGAUGCAGGGCAGAAUGCUUGGCUACUUUAUACACUCGAACACCCCCCUGAGCUUGAUCUAUUCAAGAUGCAUGAGCACACAGGUGAGAUCCGAACAACACGUCGUGUUGUUGAGGACAAUUCCACAGUCUUCAGCCUCAUAGUGCGUGUAAAAGAUCAUGGACAGCCACCACGCUCUGCCACUGCAACCAUUAAUGUGGCCAUCAUGGAGCUCCCGCCAAAAGUCACUUUUGACCCAAAACGCAUCAUUAGACCCAGUGGAACUCUUAUUUUUUCCAGUGUUACACUAUACCUCAUUGUUGCUCUCACUGCCACCACCUUUGUCUUCUUGGUCACUGUUUUUGUCCUCGCCAUUGUGCGUUGCCAUGCCUACUGCAGCCAGCCAGAUGCAUGCUCGUGCUCACCCUGCUGUGGUGGAUCCAAGAAGAAGGCCUCUAAAGAGGGUGGAGGAAAUGGUGGAGGGAGUGGUGGUGGCAGUGGUGGAGCAUCAGGUGGAGGUGGUGGAGCUGGAGGAGGUGGUGGUGGAGGAGGAGGAGGAGGAGGAAACCAGCAGCAACAAGCUGUGGCUCUACGAAGGGACCUUAAAGUAGAGCCACACUAUAUUGAGGUUCGUGGAAAUGGAUCUCUGACCAAAACCUACUGCUACAAGACCUGCCUAACAGCCACUUCAGGAAGUGACACAUUCAUGUUUUAUAACAUGGGACGACCUGUGAGUGGAACCUGGGGCUCAGGGGCUGAGCGAUUCUUCACCAGUCAGAGCGGGCAGUUUGUGCGCAGGCUUAGUAUGCCGGAUGCCACCGCCAUACAGCCCAAGCCUCCCAGUGGAGACUGGAGAUAUUCAGCUUCUCUCAGAGCAGGAAUGCAAAGCUCUGUCCAUAUGGAGGAGUCAUCUGUGAUGCAGGGGGCUCAGGGUGUUCUCGUCCAGAAUUGGCCUACCGUCUCCAGUGCUCCUGAUAAUGAGGGUGGCGAGGUGUCUCCUCCUGUAGGCGCUGGUGUGGACAGUAACAGUUGGCAUUUUCGGUAUGGUCCAGGCCCUGGCAUGCCCCCUCAGCAUCUGAAGCCAGGCGAGGUCCCACCUGAAGCUUUCAUUAUCCCUGGCUCUCCUGCCAUCAUCUCUAUCAGACAGGGGCAGGACGGUGAUGAUAAGGGCGACUUCAUCACUUUUGGCAAGAAAGAGGAGGCCAAGAAGAAGAAAAAGAAGAAGAAGGAAAAGGAGAAGAAAGACAAGAAGGAGAAAGGGAAAGAUGAUGAUGACUAGAAAUAGAAAUGUUAAGGUUUUAUACAUAUAUAAGACAGAGAUGUCAACGGGGGUCAUGAUAGAACUGAUUAAUAAGGUUAUGGGAGAGGAAUAUGAAAUGGUUUGUGUUUAUUUUCCUCAUUUUGAAAUCAAACAAAUAUUUUAUGUUGAGUCAUGAUGUCUGACUCAACAUGAAUUAAGAUCUUUGAUAUUUCUCUAUCUCAAAAUUCAAAUCAAAAUUGGCCUUAGAUAAUUCAGUUCACUUUGGUUAUAUUAUUAAUUUUUUCUCCUUGCUCACAGUGCCUGAUCACUCUUUUUUUUUUUUCAGAACACAACAGUGAGAAUUAUGAGGAUUACUGUUGACACCUCUGUCUUAUUUAUCAUUGUGGUUUCAGUUUUCUGAUCUCAUAAAGGAAGACAAAAUCAGAGUUAAGAAGGUUAAAAGCAGGACACUGUUUCUGAUUACCAAGAGACUUAUCAAAACUAUAUAAAAAUUUGAACAAAAUGAACAAGUUGUAGGAAGAAAAGGAUAAUCUUUGAGAUUGGAAGUGGGGUGUGUGCUGGUGUAAAUAUGGUGCCAGCAGAGAAGUUGUGUGCCGUGUUGUAAAGCAAAACCGGUUUACUCUAAAGAGACAAUGCUAAUCUAAUGCUUCUGCUUGCUCUGAUCUAUGUCUGUGUCUACACUAUGGAGAAGUAUCUCAAAUCAAUAAGGAAUAUGUGGACACACUCACCUGACCCCCAGCAGCAAAAUAAAAAAAGAAAGAGAAAACAGUGGUGAAUGGUAAAAAAGCAAGCACAUUAUGUUUACCAGCAUUCUCUCCCAGUCAUUAUAAGCGCAUUGUACAGGGUCAAACGUUAAUACUCAACUAAUGAUAGCUCUCUUUUCAUUGUGCCUAUUUUUGUUUGGAUGAUUUUUUUGGGGGGGAAAAAAUGGAGGAACUAAUGUCUGCCAAAAGCUGACAACUGAAACGCAUCGGAGACUGGGUGCAUGUAGUGGUGACUGAGCUAGAUAAACAGCAGAGAAUGAUUACUGAAUAAAGGAAACCUGUGGGUAGUGUUGCUUAGAUGGGAAGCUGAUAUAGUUGUACAAUACAUGUAAAAAAAAAAUAAGAAAGAAAGAAAGGAAAAAAAAACAGUGUUAGUGCUAAUGUACAAAACAUGCAACCAUCCCCUGAAUACGUUCAGUACCUGAAGCGUAUGCUUUGAAUGUUUGGUAUCGCUGCCCUUGAGCUUGUUUUCUAUUAAACCUUAAACUCUGACCUUUAACCCUAUUUUUGUGCCUGCUUUCUCAUCUAAUAUGAGGAUGUGGUAUAUGGAUUUUGUCCUGUACAAAACACCCUUGCCUUUCUGCCUGGAAGGUUAAGACAUGUUCAGCUAACUUAGAUAACAAAUUAGGCUGAUUCUUGAGUGUUGUUUUAGCAAAAAAAAAGAAAAAAAAUGUGUUUUUUAAGAUCUGUUUUUAUAAGCUUUAAUUGAUCUGUAUUGCAUUUGUACAGCACACCUUUUGCUCUCUGACUCUUUCUACCCUGGCUUUAUGCUCUGUUCUGUUUUGAAUGUUGACUAGGCCAGUUCAUCAUUGUACUGCAUCCAGUACACUGAACAUCACGCCGCUGUGUGUGUGUGUGUGUGUGUGUAAAACCGUGUGUCACCAGUGAAGAGUAUAAUGGAUGCUGGCCCUUGUAGUUCACUGCUUGUAUUUGUCGAGGGUAGAAUGGAGAAAACAGAAGAAAGAGUCAAGGCAUGGUCAGGGGGUGGAGUUUAACCAGAGCAUGGCAUGAUGUGAAUUGGCCAAAGUGCUGAAUUACCACUUUUACCUAUUUGAAAUUCAGUUUUCCUUGUUGCUUUUGCAUUGGAAAUUGGACUGAGAAGGUAAUUGAAUAUUUGCAGUAUAAAGUCUAGGAAUAGACAGACUCCACCCCAGACUCCGCUCUUUGCACUGAAAGCUUCAUGCUUCUGCUCCGUUGGAUCCUUCCCCCUGUCUGUUUACACUGUACAACCUCAUGACUUAAACCAAUGUCACAAUGGCUCAGCUGUGACUGCUGCAUGACCUAACCAGAAGGAAACUCUUACUAUAUAGAUAUAUAUGAAUAUAGAUAUAGAUUGCUAUAAUUUUGCUAUUUUUCUUUAUGAUUUUUGUAUCCAUUACAUGCACAAGAGAUUUGCGUAUGUACUGUCUCUGCCAAGGCUUUGCAUAAUGAUCUUUUCCCCACCCACUCAGAGUGGACAUCUACCAUAUUACGAAGCCUUCUAUUUGUUUGUAACCGCUUUAUAGUGUGAUGCCCUAAAGCUCCUGCUCAAUCCUUACUGUUAUUUUGGUUCUGAUUUUGAGAAACUAAAGUGAAAAAAGACAUUUGUGUAUGGCUUUGACAUACUGAUCUAACACUUUAUUAUUGUAACUAAAUUACUAUGUAUGACAACAUUAUCUCUUUUCCUUCACCUUUCCCUUUGAAGGAUAAAAAGCUGAAUGAAAAUGUCAAAAAAAAAACCUGAUGUAAAAUACAGUAUAUGUAGUGUAUGCUUGUACCUAGUGAGCGUUCAUACCAUCAUUAUUUCUCAGUGUCUGGUAGUGGUCAGUAGGUGGUAAAGCAUUGUCCAAAUGGGCAGGGCUCAUCUGUUGUAUCUUUUGUACACCUGCUCAUCAAACUGUGACAGUGACGUAGUAAAAUCCAUCUCUCUCUUUCUCUUUUUUAUUUUAAUUUGAUGAACAAGGUGGUACUGUGUUUUGUUUAAUAAAUCACCAAAAAAUAAAUAAAGUUUUCUUUCUUAAUAAUGUGACAAA